AUGGACGACAUCACCAAGACGCCGUAUAAGAUCAUGCCCAUGCCCAUGAAGGCUGUGACUACCGUACAGGACUCCCCGCCGUGUUGCUGCGCCCGCCCGUGCUUCGGCCCCCCGGCGAGGAUGGAGGGGGAUAUCAAAGCGGCGCACGGGGCAUCGAUCGCCAUCCUCGCCAUCCACGCCAUCGCUCUGCUUAUCGGCUGCUACGUAUGGGGAGAUUGGACCACGGUGCUGAUAAUCAACUUGGACGCCAAUCUCACUGGGGUUUUCACGAGCAUCUUUGUGCUGUGGGCCCCCUCAAAGUUCGUGUACGUUUCCUGUGCUAUUUUGUACGGCGUGACGGGACUCCUCGACAUGAUUCUCGUGGCGGCGUGGUUCAACUACGAGUAUAUCGAUGCCAACGCCGGAAUUUUAACUCUGCUGGCUAUGCCAAAUAUUAUCGCGAGCUUUUCCUGCUUCCUCGGAUGCGCAUGGGCGUUGAAGGUUUUCCACAACCGCGACAGGGAUAGCGACCCGCGUUUGCCCGAGGCUUCAGACCUCUUUUUGAGCAGAUCAUCUGAGCUCCCCUGUCUCCGCUGCAGCCCAUCAUCAUAUCUUCCUCGAAGACGAUAACGAUGAUUCUACCGUCUUGGAAUUCGGAAUGGUGCCAACAACGUUUGGGCUCGUUGUAAAAAAUAGGGAAAUAGCAGGAAAUAGAAGCGCGAGGCCUGUGCCUCUGUGCCGAGCGGAUGGUUGCAUAGAAAUUAAUGUUCUUCUGUACAUGAUUUUUUGUCUUAUGUACAUACGCAUAAUCUACGUCUUACAAAGUCGUGAGGCAGCGCCCAGGAUCUGUUGUACCGUCCCCGCCGCUAUAGCUCGAGUGUUGUCUUCGAUGUAUGUCACGUGGAGUUUACAGGGGGGGGCUGUUAGCUAAUAUAGCAAAAUGUGACGGAGGAGUACAGGGCUCGAAUCUACGAGAUUGUAUUCGGUAGAUUGCGUGAGAACGGUAGAACGAUAGCUUCUACUUCCUUCAUGGUUGAUUUCCUCGGCUUAUCUUGGUGUGAUGGAGAUCGUUUCGAUGGACUGACGGAUUAAUAUGGUGAUAACAGCGUGGUAUUGCGUGGUGCUCUUACCACACUCAUCCUCUCACUGAAGACUUCGACAAUGU